GUGGGAGGUGCCAGGAUCACUCGGUGCGCCGGGGAGCGGAGCGAAGGCUGCCACCACUCGGGCCACCUCGGCGGUGGCGGCGGUUGCAGGGGAGCGGCGGGGCGGCGGGUGCACUCAGGGCCAGCUGGGGACGCCGCGCACCAUGCGGGCGGCGGCGGGGGGCGCGCGGGCGGCCGCUCUGGCGCUGCUGCUGGGGGCGCUGCACGGAGCGCCGGCGCGCGCCCAGGAGUACGACUACUACGGCUGGCAGGCGGAGCCCCUGCACGGGCGCUCGUACUCCAAACCACCGCAGUGCCUCGACAUUCCCGCCGACCUCCCGCUCUGCCACACCGUGGGCUACAAACGCAUGCGGCUGCCCAACCUGUUGGAGCACGAGAGCCUGGCCGAGGUGAAGCAGCAGGCGAGCAGCUGGCUGCCGCUGCUGGCCAAGCGCUGCCACUCGGACACGCAGGUCUUCCUCUGCUCUCUCUUCGCGCCCGUCUGCCUCGACCGGCCCAUCUACCCGUGCCGCUCGCUGUGCGAGGCGGUGCGCGCCGGCUGCGCGCCACUCAUGGAGGCCUACGGCUUCCCCUGGCCCGAGAUGCUGCACUGCCACAAGUUUCCCCUGGACAACGACCUCUGCAUCACUAUGCAGUUCGGACACCUGCCUGCCACCGCGCCUCCAGUGACCAAGAUCUGUGCCCAGUGUGAGAUGGAGCACAGUGCCGACGGCCUCAUGGAGCAGAUGUGUUCCAGCGAUUUUGUGGUUAAAAUGCGCAUCAAGGAGAUCAAGAUAGAGAAUGGGGACCGGAAGCUGAUUGGAGCCCAGAAAAAGAAGAAGCUGCUCAAGCCAGGCCCCCUGAAGCGGAAGGACACCAAGCGACUGGUGCUGCACAUGAAGAAUGGCGCCAGCUGCCCCUGCCCGCAGCUGGACAGCCUGGCCGGCAGCUUCCUGGUCAUGGGCCGCAAGGUGGACGGGCAGCUGCUGCUCAUGGCCGUCUACCGCUGGGACAAGAAGAAUAAGGAGAUGAAGUUCGCAGUCAAAUUCAUGUUCUCCUACCCCUGCUCCCUCUACUACCCCUUCUUCUACGGGGCCGCCGAACCCCACUGAAGGCCGCUGCUCCCUGCCCCACCCAGCCGGCUGUGCCUUGCCCUCUCCCCACCCCGGGGGGCACACUCCCUUCCUGCCCACUUGGCCUCACCCCUAUUCCCAGGCUGACCCAGCCCCUGCCUGAGUGGUUUCAUGCAGUCGUUACCAGCACAGGCCCUAAGGAAUGGGCAUGGAGCCUGAGCUGUCGGUGACUGAGGGGCUCUGGGGCCCCUGGGGCCUUCUUCUCUUCGGAGCAGGGCUUUCUCAUUUGGGAAGGAACCCCAGCGUUUCAGAAAGAGUGGAGGAGAGCGAGGGAAGCUCUGAGGGGCUCUGAGCAGCCCAAGGAGACAGUUUCCUGAACAGACCCUGGUGUCAGCUCUCCUCUGACAGUGGGGAGGCCUUGCCUUCAAGAGGAAAGUCUCAGUACUAGGCUGACCUAUCUGUGGGACAGCUCCCUACCCCCAUUGCCCACUCGUGUCAUCAAAGUCCCCCAAAGGAGAGGCAUUAGGGCCACAGUGCCCUCCAGCCACAGAUCCCCACCUUCCCCAUCCCCUCCCUGCUAGACUGGAGACAGGCCCAGCCCGGACUCCCUCCCAGAGGCCAUUUUUUAGGGUUCAUCCCUCAGCCUCUGCAUGUCCCCAUUACCCUGAUGAUGAUUAAAUUAUCGCCACCACUGCAAGGCCACAGGCACUAGACCUGACGCAGGCAAGGCUCAGUUUCUAAUUUUUUUAAGU